UUGCCAUCAACAACACCACAUUGCGCUUCGGUGUCUUCCCCGAGAUUCCACGAUUCGAUCGGGACCACUGCGCAGCCAUCCUGGCCGCGCCUCUGACACCUUUCCUCCCAAGGGGCCCGCCGCACGAGUAUGCGAUAGCACUUCCCCAUCGCCAGCAUGGGCUUCUCCCAUUAUGUCGCAAGGAGCGCUGUGCAGUUAGCUGCACGACAGACCUCCGACUCGGACGACGAUGAUGAUGCGGAGGCAGGACAGAAGGAGAUAUACUCGUCAUGGGCCCUCUUGAUCCUGAUCUUCCUUCUGAUCUUGGCCUUCUUCACCAGUUACGUCCUACGGAGCAAAAAGAUACAGGCAGUGCAUGAGACUGUCAUAUCAAUCUUCGCUGGAAUGGUGGUGGGGCUGGUGUUGCGGUUGACAAGCGUCAACAGUGUGCUGGACGUGGUCACCUUCGACUACCAGUUCUUUUUCAACCUCCUGCUUCCGCCCAUCAUCUUGGCUAGCGGUUACGAGCUGCACCAGGGCAACUUUUUCAGAAACAUCGGUAGUAUCUUGACCUUUGCAUUCGCCGGCACAUUCAUAUCUGCAAUCGUGCUGGCAUGCAUUCUGUGGCUAUGGACGAGGAUACCACUGGAAGGCUUGGAUAUCUCCUUCGUGGAAGCAAUGUCUGUCGGCGCUACUCUAUCGGCCACUGAUCCCGUCACGAUCCUGGCCAUCUUCAACACAUACAAAGUAGAUCCGAAGCUUUACACGGUCAUAUUCGGCGAGAGUAUCUUGAACGACGCUAUCGCAAUCGUGCUGUUUGAGACGGCACAAAAGUACAAAGCUGGAGCAGAAGGGGGAAUGCUCACCAUCUUGAGUCUGUUCGAGAGUAUCGGGGUCUUCUUGCUGGUCUUCUUUGGGAGUCUGGCUAUGGGUGUGGUGAUCGGUCUCGCGACCAGCUUGUUGCUGAAGCUCACUCACAUCAGACGAGACCCCAAGAUCGAGAGCUGUGUGAUCUUUCUCAUCGCAUACGCUUCGUAUUUCUUUGCCAAUGCUAUCCACAUGAGUGGAAUUGUGGCACUGCUGUUCUGCGGCAUCUGCCUCAAGCAUUACGCCUAUCACAACAUGUCCCGUCGAACCCAACUUACCACCAAAUUCACAUUCGGUCUCAUGUCGCAGCUCACCGAAAAUUUCAUCUUCAUCUACCUCGGACUGUCGCUCUUCACCGAACGCGCCCUCGAAUAUAAGCCGCUCUUCAUCCUCAUCACGCUGAUAGGAAUAUGUGUCGCAAGAUGGUGUGCAGUAUUCCCACUGUGCGCCCUCAUAAAUUGGUUUAUUCGAUAUCGGGCACGAAGGAGAGGGCAAGUAGAAGCUGCAGAAGAAAUACCCAACAACUGGAGAAUCAUGCUCUUUUGGGCAGGGCUACGAGGAGCAGUAGGCGUCGCGCUGGCUGCAGGUCUGACCGGCCAGAAUGGAUAUGCACUCCGAGCGACAGUGCUCGUGACAGUUGUAUUGACAGUCAUCAUCUUCGGCGGCACAACAGCUCGGAUGCUUGAAAUCUUGAACAUUCGAACUGGUGUUGUAGAAGAGAUUGACAGCGAUGACGAGUUCGAUAUUGAGCCAGUACCACAGGGUGGCGGUUAUGCGAGAAAGAAUGGAAAUGCAUUUGGACACACGCCCAAGUCGAGCAUUGUUGGCUACGGAAAUGGCGGCAUCGGUCUUGGAAAUGUUCAUCAUAGAAGCAGGGGCGACACGUCGAGUUAUAGUAAUGGCUCGCACGGUACUCCCCCUGAUCUCGAACGACGCAACAGCUCACGCGUGAGGAGAAAUGAACAGAACCAGGCCGAGCAAGGAUUGCUCUUUCAAGAGGAUGAAAGCACACAGUUCAGCGACGACGAUGAUUUGGAUCUGCCUCCUGAAGCUCGGAGGUCGACGCCGCAUGCUGGGAGGAGCACGAAUGAUGAUGGCUCAUAUCCAGUUUCUGGCUCGAGACCACGCGGAGCAACUAACCCGGAACGACUGACUGCGCGAGGGGCACUGAAUAGUAUCUUGAGUGCUACGACGGAAGACGCUGGAACGCUGUUUAACCGGCUCGAUGAGAAUUUCAUUAAGCCGCAUCUAUUGCUCGAUCCCAAGACGAGUAAACACGGAGGAGGAGGAGGAGGAGGAGGUGCUUAG